UUAAAAUUACAGGGUACUUGGUAGGGUUGUCUCCAGCACGUUCUCGGCAUCCACGAAUGGAAGAUUGGAGACGGCGGCCCUGGCAAGUGCAUGCACGCCGACAUCGAGGGCAACUUGCCAAGUGAAGGUCUCCAGUGGAUGGAAGCAACCUCACCCAGUUAUGAAGCUUUAAAGCGCGUAGUGCUGGACCGGUACAUGAUGCGCACCCUCCCGUACUAUGUGCGCUUCAGACACACUGGCGCUCUGGAAAAUUUUAACAGUCACGUGUUGAUGUAUGCACCCAAACGACUAGCAUUUACCUAUCCAGUUUACCAGGCUAGGUGCUAUCUAGCUGGUAUUGACUAUACGAGCCACGCGGACCGGGAACUGAGGAAGAACCAGACUACCGGUGCACCUAUGUAAGCUAUGCAAUCAUGUUUAAGCAGCUUUGGCAAGUACACGUCCAAAAAUAUGCAUACAAAAAAUAUAAAUGCUUAUAAAU